UCUUUUUUGUUUUCCAGGGGCUUUUGUGGUUACUUUAGAGACAAAGCCAGCAAGACAUGGUGGUGAUCACAGAUAUGUGCGUGUUUACCUUCAUUGGGAUCAAGAUAAUACAAACCAGCCAAUGAGGGCUCGAAUAGCUGGGCGUGUCACUCCCAGCAGUCAGUCAGGUGUUACAAACCUGGAAAUGGUUGAAAUUCCUCUACGAACACCUGCAGAAUUUAUUGCUUGCUGUCAGUCUACUGGGAACAUUGCUGUGGCUUGUGGCAUUACUGUGACGGUAUUUAAAUUUUGCCAAAAAACACACGAUAUUUCAAAGAUGAAGUUUAUUGACUUCGAAGAAUUAAUUGAGUUAGAUAUGUCAUUCAUUGUUAAAGAAGUAGCUUUAUCUGAAGAUUUGAUUGGCUGUGUGUCUGAAUCAGAAGCGCAUAUAUUUCAAAUUACAAUAAACUCUCAACUUUUAAAAGGCAAUUCAAAAGAAAAAGAUUCCAAGUCCCAAGAGAAACGAAGUAAGUCAAGGUCAAAGUCCAAGACUCGGUCAGCCUCUCGAUCACCAGGCCGGAGCGUUGACUCGCUCAGUUCUGCCAGUAGACUCAGGGAUCGACGUUUAAAAAAGGAGGAGAGUUUGGUAUCUGUCCGAGAUUCUGAUGAUUAUGUGGACUUGGGCGAAUUGAUGUGGGUCCCAACGCUGUCUUAUGGCCGGAAACGUCCUACUGAUGACCAGCGAUUUCUGUUAUUUCCUUCCCUCGUUGGAGCUGCACAGUGUGGACCUGUAGCCGAACCUGGCGAAAUCAUUGGCCCUGUCAGUUCUGCUCGGUGCUCGAGUGUUCGCUUGAAGCUCCUUAGUGGAAGUUCUACCCAGAAAUUGCCUGCUAAUGUGUUUGAGGCAGUGACGCUCAUUCAUCGCCGAGCUGAUCACAACAAUGAUCCUGAUAUCCCAUUUUCUAACCUCAAACUGAUGGCUGUGUAUGACUCAGAACCUGGAAAGAAAGAAGGAACUGCUUCAACUCCACGGCGACUGUCACAUCCACUGCUUCCCUCAGGCUCACCGCAGAAAGUUGGGGCAUCUAUCUUCCUUACAACUCCACAUGUUGGCCAGUUGUAUCAUGUCACUCUCUUUGAGGACCCCUAUAAGAACAGUGUGGUACGCGGAGGUGUGUUCUCUUAUACUGCUCCUGUGUACUCUGUGGAACUGGAACCAUCACUUCUACAUGCGUUAACUCUUACUGGCCUUGAAACAUAUACUCUUCGGCCUCACCCACAUAUUGUCGUCUCCCAUCUUCCAGAGGAUCUUAACAUGAUUGUACCUCCACAUUGGGAAGAGACUGUGUGCCUUGUGGGGUUGCGACCCUUCCUCAACGUUGAGACACUCACACUCACUGACUCCUGUCUUGCCCUCAUCGCUGCAAACAAUGAAGGUGGAGACAAAUCACACACGGUCUACUCCCUUCAUUUGCCAAGUGCUGCUAGCCUGUACAAGGAGAUGGUACGAGUAGGUCGCAGUCACAGGUCUGCCUCCCCAUCCACCUACCUACACCUUCUCUUGGAGGCUCACUUGGUCCUAACCACAGCUCUCCACCAUGAGAUUCCUCAAGUUCAGGAAGCUGAAGAAGAUCUCUAUUCUCUACUGCAGGACUCCUCUGCAUUACUUGGGGAUUAUUAUGCCCAGUGUGAUACUGAGGCAGAGUGGAAACAAGCAACGCAGUACUACCAGGUGUCUAGUCUUAGCCCAGAUGCAGUGAUUGAACGCCUUGAUUUGCAGUGUCCAGGUCUUGUUGCUGUGAUUUCUGCUUUGCUGCUACACCCUAACACUCCUGUACUGACAUCUGCACAGGCUAACUGUGUGUUAGAGAUGUUUGAGAAGGCUGCCCCUGAUAAGGUUUCCACUAUCAUCCUGAAAUCCAGUUGCCUUGUUGAUUACAAGAAGGAUAAGGUGUUAGGGAUAAUUAAGCAAGAGUUGUCUAAAACGGCAGAACCUCGACCAACAGAUGUUUUGGCCUUGGCCUUGGUGUUCCUGGAUCGUGGCUCUUCAGAACAGGUAUCAACAGUUCUGGCCUCCCUUCGAGCCUACCAGCUGGUGGUGGUAUUGCUUCAACACUCGCGCCUACUACUCAUCACUGAAGAUGGGGCUACUAGACUCUCUCCACUGGUUCAAGUUUUGGCUGAACACAAGAAAGAGGUAUUUACAGAAGUCUUUGUCUCUCUCAUUGGAGAAGGUACACUCUCUCUCAAUGCAUUUGUGGAUGCAUUUGUGGCUGUAUACCCAAUUGUUUCUUGUGGUCCAGAAUGCAACACUCACUCAUUGUGGCUGCGAGACUUCCUUGAGAAAUUUUUCUUGGAAUAUGCCCACAAUUCAGAGAUAACUGGUCAGAGAGAUCGAUAUGAUCGAGCGAUCACGGUGCUAGUGAGCCUUUAUCUUGCCAGCCUUGUGGGAGCCUUUGGAGACAAAUCCAAAGAAGAUCCAAACUGGAGUGACCAACGAGCAGCCUUGAAGGAACUGUAUGCACCACGUCCCACUUUCCUGGGUCUUUUGCCACCCUUCAGUAACGAUCAUUCAUUCCCUGAGGCACAAACGAGUGAACCAGAAGAUGGAGGAUCACCAGAGGAAAAGGCUGGAGUUGAGGCUGAGGAAGAUGAGAGAAACCUGUCUGCCUCCUUAUUGCACCUUGUCGUUCUUCAGUCUCUGCUGAGCUCCGAUCUUCCAUCAGUUGAAGACCGCACCAAUGUUCUCAAGUUUGUGACUGCAAACCCUACUGCACUUGGUGCUCAGUCCCUAAGAGUCCUCUGCCUAGAGUCCUCACAGCAGCUGGAUUACAUCCUGCAGGAAUUUCCUCAUGCUUUACUCCAAUAUGGAAAGGAUAUGUACGAAUCUCCAUUGGAAUGGGAGGAGUUAGUGUUGAAGCUGAUCACUCACAAGUCAAGUCUACCUGAAUCAGAUCCUGCUUAUCAAGUGUACUCUGAUAUUCUGAAUGGACAUUCAAGGUUGGAACAGGAUGACGAUGAAGCCAUCUAUAAACCAGAUCUUUCAUUUGAUGUCCUGGGAGAACUAGUGGUUUCGGCACCAUUUGAUGUUUUUAUGCGCAUUAUUCCUGGCAGUCGUCACGAAGAGUUAAGGGGUCACAUACGCCAGUGCCACUCUGCUGCUUUGGCUGUCCAUCUUCGCACCUCUCUUAUGACAUACGCUCAUAAUGUCUUGGCACAAAUGACUAAAUAAUUUAUAAUACUUUCUGGAGAAGUCAGAAUAUAUACGUAUUAUGUAAGUGUUGUUUGUGCUGUCAUGGCCUAAGAUUGAAAUGUGUAUUUCCCAUGCCUGUGUGACAAACGCUUAUAUUUAUUGUAAUUCUCCAUUCAGAUUUACACCAAGCAGUGCUUAAGUUUUUAGCAAAUAAGAUCUUUUAAGUGUAUGCAUUAUUUGCUCAAAUAAUUUGUGCCAAAAAUAUGUUUAAAGAAAAAUUUCUUUCUUUCAACACACCGGCCAUAUCCCAAUUAAAGAAAAAUUGUCUAGUUUAAAAGCACUGCAUACAUACAUACAUACAUGCAUACAUUCAUUCAUUCAUUCAUCUACAUUCACAUACUGUAUAGUGUAUUUAGAAUGUAUGUACAAUAUGUAUGUGACAUGCUAGUUCACACAAUCAACAGAGGUAGCAUUUGUUUGUUUAUUGAGCAUCAUAGAGUUUGUUGCAUGAAAAUGCUUUUUCUGUAUUAGUUAAGAACCAGCAUACUCUACUGGUGUUGUGUGGCCUUCUGUUUUUGGCAUUUUGAACUGGAGAAUUGUUACCUGAUCUGUGUAAUUCAUCCUAAAGGUUAUGUAUUUUGCAAAUGCUUGGGAUGGAGGAAAAUAAGAAGACUUGGAAGGUGUAUAAAUCUAUAGUGGAGGAAAGGCAGGGUAGGAAAUUGGACAGUUAUUUUCACCAGGUGCUGGAUCAACCAGGCUAUGAUGGAUAUAUGGGUCAUCUGACCACCAGCAGCAACACCCUGGUGACCAGGCAAGCACUAGACAAGCCUGGCCCAUGGCCAGGCUCCAGGAGUAGAAAAACUCUCGGAACUCAUCAAAGGUAUAUCAUGGUAGGGGUCACCCUAGGAAAGGUUGGAGGGAGGGGGUAAAGGAGGUUUUGUUUGCAAGGGGCUUGGACAUUCAGCAAGCAUGUGUGAACAUGUUUGGUAGGGGUGAGUGGUGGCAAGUGGUUUUCAUGAUACGACUUCCUGUUGGAGUGUGAGCAAGGUAACAUUUUGUGAAGGGAUUCGAGGAAACCGGUUAACUGGACCUGAGUUCUAGAGGUGGGAAGUACAGUACCUUCACUCUGAAGGAGGGGUGGGGAUAUUGCAGUUUGGAGGGGCAUCUGGGCUGUAAUGUCAACUUUCCUCUGGCAAGAUAGUGGUGGAGUAAAUGAUGGUCAAAAAGUUGUUCAUUUUCGGUUCAUCCUACCUCGACGGGAGAUGGCUGGUGUCUUAAAAAAAAAGUGGGGUUACAAGCCAGUUAUCUACGUGCCAAAGCCAAAUGAUUAUAGUGUGUUAUGAUCAUAUUUACAUUAUGUAUAAAAUAAUUAGCAGUAAUACAGGUAUUCAUGUAACCUUUGAAAAUACUAGAGAUCAAAUGGUCACCAUAGUAACAUCUAAUUAUUGUACUUCCACCACUCUGCAUGCCAGUCAAGUUCAGAUGACAUGCGGUUAUGAGUGUUUGGUGAGUUCACACCUAUUGUAAAUUGUCUGAGCAUCCCUCUUAACUGGCAUCAGUGUUCAGUGAUCUUCCCAGGAUCUCUGUCAGGAUGGUAAAUAGCUAUAUCUUCACAUUUGGAUACAGGUCAAGUAAAUCUGCCAAUGUUAAACUUGAUUAUAUUUUAUACCGUAAUUUA